UUCAGAUGGUCCUGACAACUACCAGCACCUGUACAUAUAUGGAAAUAGCAGCCAUCAGCGACCAGAUAAAUACAUGCUCUUAGGAGAUCAGAUAAAACCAAGCCAACGGCUCAAGGAGUUCAGAUGCGAGACUUGUAUGAAAACAUUCACUUUGAAAAAUAAUCUCCAUCAACAUAUGAAGAUCCACACUGGUGUAAAACGGCAUGUGUGCCCAGUAUGUAGUAGAGGCUUUCAGAGAUCAACCCAUUUGAAAGGACAUUUGCUUAGAGUCCAUCCUGAGUUUAAUUCAGAGGGUCAUUGUCAAAGACCACUUGACUCUUGAUGCUGAAAACUUCAUUUGAAUAUAUACCAUAUAUGGUAUGUUUGGAUCCGUGUGCAUGCUCUGAGCUAAAGGUUUAUUCUGGUUUUAAUGCAGAGGAUCAUUUUUAACUGUUUAAAGGUGCAUAUAUAUAUUACUGUAUUAAAAUUGAUACUGAUUUUAAUGUAUGUUAUUUUAAAGAAAACCUGAUUCCUGAUGCUUUAAAGGUGCAACAAUUAGUGCAGAGGAGCCAUUCAAUGAUCACGGACCAGUGUCAAAAAAUAUCUAGGUUUGGAUAUUUCAUCAAGACUUACAUCUAUUUUUAUUAUCUACAAAGAAACCCCCUAGAUAAACAUUAUUUCAGCUGAUAUUCCUCUUGAAACAUGAUGGAUCUUAAAAAUGAAAAAGCGGAUUUCCCCUUUUUCAAGCUUUGAACUGAAUUUACACUUCUUAAUGCUGAAAUUGAUAGGUUAUCCAUACAUUUUAAGAAAAUAGGUAUGUCAAAGAAGAUGUUAAGCCAAAUGUUGCCUUGAUAGCUCAGAAAAAGUUAAAAUUUUCCUUUUUUCUCUCUACAGGCCUUGUUGCCCCUUUAA